GACUUGCGUUGCGAGACAGCGAACUAAGAAUCAUCGAGCAAUUUUUUUCCGUAGUCUGUACAUAGUGAAAUAGUUCGUUGGCACAUCGCAUGGCGACAAAAUUCGGGAGUAAUGGCGGCGGAGGUGGCGGCGGGAACCCGAAUCACAGCAACGGCCCGACAAGCGGCGGUGUAGGAAGCAGUGGUAGUAAGGGCGACGCGAAGAGCCACGGAGGAGGCGGCCUGCGUCGUUUCUUGUCGUCUGGCAAGCAAGCCCUCCACUCCGUCUUCGACCAUCAUCAUGAUCGGCGACAUCGCUCCGAUAAAGAGCGACCCGAUAAAGGCAACCAACCCGAAGGCCGGGCGGGCCAGACCCGAGCGGCUUUCACGGCGUCAUUUUCGGGCUCGGCGAAUAUGUCGAUGGAGGAUAUCGUGUUGCCGGCUAGCGUGCUGCGCGGCUCGGAGGAGCAGGCGAACGCGAUGCGGCGGCAGCUGGAGCGGCAGGCUAACGCGUAUCGACUCGGGUCGGCGAGUAACAGUUUGUCCUCGAUAGAAGGCGCAGGGCGGCCUGAAAACGGAGCAGCAGGGAGUCCAGUAGAGGUAGUCAGAAGCGCAUCCCCAGGUCCAUCGGCAGCCGUUGAUUCUAACGACGGCAGUGCGCCAUCAGCGGCGGGGAAUGGCGGAGCGGCGGAACCGGCGCAGCCAUUGGCGGAACCGGCGGAGUUGACGGCGCCGGCGGGAGACGAGGAAGCGCUUUCCGCCCGCCAAUUGCCAUCCAGCGCUGCGGAAAACGGGGGGAGAGACGGUUAUGAAGGCUCCUGUAACGAAAGUUCUUGUAACGAAUCCACUCAGCUAGGCUCCGCGGAGCUGGUUUCCGCUGCUUCCGCCGAUUCCGCCGCGGAGCUGGCUCGCGGGGAAGGCGCUUCCAGCGCAGAGGGUGCCCCUAGCACGGAGCACAUUCCUAGGGCGGAAAAAGCUCCUUAUAAUGAGGGCGUUCUUAGCGCAGAUGACGUGUCAUCCGUUAGUAGCGAUCAGCCGGAGCCGCCUGAGGAGUUUAUAUGCCCGCUCUCGCUCGAUAUAAUGUACGACCCCGUUAUAGUCGAAUCCGGGCAGACGUACGAGCGUGCUUUUAUCGAGCGCUGGGUCGCGGACGGCCACAAGACGUGCCCUAAAACGCGCCAGCCGCUCCCAUCGGGUGCGAUUAUACCGAAUCAGAUCCUCCGCGCGCUCAUCACUGAUUGGUGCAAGCGGAACCGCGUUGCGCUCCCCAAUCCGGUUUCCGCGGACGAUGUUGCGCUCGCGUUCUCCGCCGGCGGCGCAAAGGGCGCGGAAGGGGGGGCGGGGGGGCUGGCGGCGCAGCGCAGGCUGGAAUACGCGGCGGCGGCGGUGCGCGCGGCGGCGGUGGCGGUUGAGUCGGAGCGGAGGCAGCGCGCGCUGAUGGAGCAGGUAAUGGCGGAACGCGCGGCGGCGGCCGCGGAAGGGCGGAGGGUGGAUGGGCGGGUGGCGGAACGCGCGGCGGCUGACGAGCGCGCGACGCGCCAAGCGCGAAUUCAGCAAAUGCGCGCAGCCGCCGGGCAAGGGCAGGCGCGCGGAGGGGGCAACGCGUGCGUGGACGCCCGCACAACUGCAGCGGGGACAGCUGCGGGGGCGGAAAGGGGAGGCGGGGAGGGGAGGGGGGGACAGGCGGGCGGAGGAGCAGAUAUGGGGGAAAUGACGGACAGAACCGCUAGGGUUUCCGCUGGCGCCUCCCCUGGCGCGUCCGCUGGCGCGUCCGCUGGUGCUGCUGCAUCCCCCGAACCUCCCUCCAGGCCUGCCGCAGCUCGCGUGGCGGCUCGGACAGCGGCUCGGGAGGCCGACGACGCUGAGAAUCGGUACGGGAACGGAAUCCCGGAUCACCUUCUAGCAGCAGGAGGCUUGGGAGGAGGCUUGGGAGGGGGAGGGGGAGGGUUGGCUUUAACGGGUUGGCCCGGGAAACUAGCUAUGAAGGCAGCAAUAUUUAAGACGCAGGCUUGGCCGAACCCGAAGCAAAAAGAAGGUGGGGGAGGGGGAGGGGGAGGGAGUGGGGGAGUGACAGCUGCGGAUGUGAGUAUGUCGGGGCCAAUUGGAGUGGGUUCAGGAGCAGGGGGGAGCGGAGGGGGGAGAGCAGGGGGAGGGGGAACAGGGGGAGGGGGAGGGGGCAGUGGUAGUGGGCUUGGUGGUAGCACAGGGCUGAGGUUUGGUUUAAAGCACUCUAGGUUUGCUGCUGGUGCUGCUGGUGCUGCUGGUAGUGGCAGUGGCGCUGCAACCGCUUCUCCUGCGGCUGCUUCUACUGCUGCUGGUACUACUGCCGUUGCCUCCACUGCUCCUGCUGCCGCUGCUACAGCUGCUGCUACAGCUGCUCCUACUGCCGCUGCUACUGCUGCUCCUGUUGCUAGUGCUGCUGCAACUGCUGCUGCUACAGCUUCUGCUGCAUCCCCGUUCGUCCGGCCCAGGCCAGGCCCCCUCGCUGCCGCCACAACUCGCUCCCCCGAACCUACUUCCGGGCCUGUUUCCGGGCCUAUGAGCCCCGGUCCUACGGCCGUUGCCGUGCCUCUGAGCCCCAAGCCUCGGUUUCCGGGGCAGUCGGAGGUUCGGGUGUCCAAGGGCCGGAAGAAGAUGGAACGGGAGAUAGCUAGGCUACUGGCUCGGGAAGACAACGCCUCGAGGGAACACAGCAUGGAGCGCAGGGGAGGGAGUAUGGAGAGGGGAGAUGGGCUGGGGAUUGGGGCGAGUGCGAGGGAGAGAGAGGGGAGUCGAAGGAGGUCAGAGGCUGACGGGGGAGGCGGGAGGGGAGGAGGAGGAGGAGGAGGAGGAGGAGGGGGGGGAGAAGGGGAAGGAGGGGGGCAUGAGAGGGGGCUGAGUAGCUGCAGCAGCAUAGGGGACGGGCAGUGGGCGUCGAUUCCCUACCAGUUCCCCUCCUCCCGCUCCCUCGACCCCAACGACCCCUCCUCCCCCUCCGUUAACCGUACCAACUUCUCUUUCUCGUCUAUCUCCGGUGCUUCCUCCCCCCCUCCUGCUGCUGCUGCUGGAGGUGCUGCUGCUGCUGCGUCUGCUUCUGCUGCUGCUGCUGCUGCUGCGGGGGCUCUUCCCCCCCGCGGGUCCCUCCCCCUGCCCUCGUCCCAUCACUCGAUCCUCUCCCAAGCGUCCUUUGCCCCCUCCGCCACGCCCCCCCUCUCCCCUCUCCCCCCCACCAUCGCCCCUCCCACUCCAAAACCCCCUCCUACGCCUCCUCCCACGCCCCGCCCUCCCCAUCCCCUUCCGAACCCCCAGAGGAGUUCCAAAUGCUAGACAUAGACAAUCUAAUCAACCACAUGCGCUACGGGCCGCCCGAGGAAAAAGCCGCCGCUGCCGCCCUGCUCCGCGUCAUGACCCGACACGGGUUCACGUGCGGGCGGCGGAUUCUGGAAGCGGGUGGCGUGGCCCCGUUGGUGGAGCUCCUGUGGUCGGGCGACGAGGCGACAGCAGAGCACGCGGCAACAUCCCUCCUGAAUCUCGCGCUCGAAGCGUCUGCGCGAAUGCGAAUCGUGGUUACCACGGGAAGCAGGGUGGUUGAGGGGCUGGUCCACGUGCUGUCAGCCGGUGCUCCUGCUGCUCGCGCCAACGCAGCAGCGGCCCUCUUUCUCCUGUCGAGAGACACUGGCGCCAACAGCAGUAUCAACAGCGGCGCGAGAGCAGCCGCGGAAGCGAAUUCGUUUCGCGAGGCCGUGGUAACAGCAGGCGCGUUACAGCCGCUCCUAGACCUCCUUCUAGACGGGCCAACCCGGGCGAAGAAAGACGCGGCCAACCUCCUAGUGUCGCUCUGCAUGGCGCGACCCAACCGGUCCAGCGUGGCCAAGGCCGGUGCAGUGCGGUGCAUGUGCCAGCUGCUGAGUGAAGGGGUGGAGAUUGUAGAAGAGCAGGCAGCGGCGGUGUUUGCGGCUCUAGUGAGGGAUCCCGAGGGGAGGGAAGUGCUGGUGGAGGAAGGGGCGGUGCCUGCGCUGGCGGAGCUGGUGGAGGGGGGUACGCAGGGGCGCGCGAGGGAGUAUGCCGUGAGCACGCUGCUGGGGCUGGGGGCGACCAGCAAGGAGUGGCUGGUUGCCAUCGACGAGGAGGGGAUCUCGGCCUCGGUGGACGUGCUGACUCGCGUGGGGACGGGCAAGACGCAGGCCAAGGUGAGAGC